CUGGCAUUUACCUAGUCGUAUUGAUUACUUCAUAAUCAAGCGCAACAGAGUCUUUCUACAGAGUAGCAUUCGAAUCUUCGCUGCCCUGGCCUAUAAUUUAAGAGCCAAAAAACGUCACUCCGUUGCCACAUAAAUCUUCGAGCAGACUACAUUUUGAAUUUAUUUGUUUCUCAUCUGCACUGGAUUGUACUGCACUGGCCCACAAAAAGAGGACAGGACAGGACAGGAUGAUGCCACACAUAAAUCAAUAAUCAACAAAGCGCAAAUUAAAUAUUUAGUCUCUGAGCGAAUGGGUAUAAGUGGCCAUAAAAUUUCCGUGCAAAUUUGCUGCUGUCGUGAGUGCAUAAAUAAGUAAGUCGGACAGCCCGUCCCAGAGAGCUGUGUGGCCAGUUGAGUCAGUUGACCCGUAAACCGUAACUUAUCCCCGGAUAAAACCUGAGGACAGAACAGAACAGACCUGAAUCGAUGCCCACAUCCACAUACGCAUCCGCGGAACAACGAAGUAUCGAAAUCAAGCCGAAAGUUCAAAAAGUUCACCAUUAAAUUUAUUGCAAAUGCCGCGCUCGCGCACUCCGCCGUCCUCUGGGAAUCGUUGUGGCACACGAACAACAGUUGCCGCCAUAAAAGUCUACAGAAAACACCUGCAAUCAUAAACACCCAGUCCCCGACACCAACUCCGACCGUGCCCCCACACACAUUCUAUUCUGUAUCCGGCUCAGACGUGCGGAAGAAGGCCAAAGCAGGACAACGACUACGAGCAGCAACAGCAGCAGCGCAACGAGAAAACAAACAAUAAAUAUCAACAGGAGUCCAAUAAAACAGCUUUAUAUUCAACUAAACAGAAACUGACCAACUAAAUUUAAUAACCAGCUAAAUGUGAAACAUAUAAGCAAACAGCUACUCAACUGAGCGGACCAAACCCGAACCCAAACCCAAACGCGAACCCGAACUCGAACCGAAACAGUUACCCAUAUCUAAUUGUAAGAACGUAUUGUUAGCCUACUUUGUAAGUGUACAUAUGACCAGAAUGGAACGCAACUUGGUAAAAGCUUUAAAUUAGUCAACUAGGACCACGGGAAACGGCAAAUGCUAAGGACUUUCUGGGACCCUUGCCGUCAAUUUUUGUUAAGUGUAAAGUGUAACUGAACGUGUAACUGUAGACUGUGCCGUAGACAUAUUCGAACUAUACCUAAACCCCUACUCGUACCUACCCUCCCUAUAAAUAAUCGCCAGCAAGCAGCAUUUAGAUAACUUUGCAGAGACAAAAACUUAAAGAAAACUUCAGGUAAACCAAGACAAACCGUAACAAAACUCAACAAAACUCAAACCGCAACACGAGCAAUCAUUUCUGGGAGCUUUGUACACAGAUGUCUGUUCCAAUGCAUUUAUGUGGUCUCGUCCCCAUGCCUGUGUGUCCUUGUGUGCGUGUGCGUGUGCGUGUGCCCGUUCCUAGCCUAGUACUGCUACCUCCCCUUGCUCACGCCUGCUGGACUCUGCACGAUGAGCAGCAGCAGCGAUACCAACAAUAAGAGCAGCACCAGCACCAGUCGUAGCCACCGCUUAAGCGGCAUCCGUAACAGCAAGUUAGCUAAUUGGUUUCCACAACGCGCCGAGGAGAACAAGCGCAAGAAGCGCGUCGAGCAGCAGCGCCAGCAGCAGCGCCAGCGGCGGGGGGCCAAGGUCUUCAAAUGUGUCAACGACUCCACCGGCCACCUGACCCUGGCCCCCUCACGACUGUUCGAGCGCACGCCGAUGAGUCCGUCGGACAGCCUGGACGAGAUUGCGCUGCAGAUACCCAGAGUUCGUGUGGAGUACUACGUGAAUGAAAACACAUUUAAAGAAAGACUGCAACUCUAUUUCAUUAAGAAUCAGCGUUCAAGCUUACGCAUACGAAUUGCCGAUUUAUUCCUUAAGUUACUGUCGUGUGUUCUGUACAUAAUACGUGUGAUAUUGGAUAAGAAUCCAACAUUUAUAACUUGCUAUGGCUGCGAGGUGGGCAAUAAGACAGAGUUCAUCAUUUCGGCCAAACUCACGGAGGAGGAGUUCCAAGAGAGUCCGAUCAUCAACUGGGAUGCCAUACUCUGGGUGAACCGGCCCACGGUGCUCUGGGUCCUGCAGCUGCUCCUAGCCAUGGUGUCGCUAACGCAAUCCCUGGUUCUCACAUAUCUAGGCUAUAAGGGCAACAUUUGGCAGCAGAUACUCUCAUUUCACUUUAUACUAGAAUUAGUAACGACAAUACCCUUUGCACUAACGAUCGUUCAUCCUCCACUACGGAAUCUCUUCAUUCCCAUCUUCCUCAACUGCUGGCUGGCCAAGCGCUCGCUGGAGAACAUGUUUAAUGAUCUUCAUCGGGCCAUGCAGAAGUCUCAGUCGGCUCUGUCCCAGCAGCUGACCAUCCUGUCGGCCACGCUGCUCUGUUUGGUGUUUACCAGCGUUUGCGGCAUCCAGCACUUUCAGCGGGCUGGCCAUCGGCACUUGAACCUGUUCCAGAGCACGUACUAUGUGGUUGUGACCUUCUCCACAGUGGGCUACGGCGACUUUGUUCCGGACAUUUGGCCCUCCCAGCUGUACAUGGUCAUCAUGAUUUGUGUCGCCCUCAUUGUGCUGCCCACGCAGUUCGAGCAGUUGGCCUUCACCUGGAUGGAGCGCCAGAAGCUGGGCGGCAGCUACAGCUCGCACCGGGCCCAGAGCGAGAAGCAUGUGGUCGUGUGCUCGACCACCCUACACGCGGACACCAUCAUGGACUUCCUCAACGAGUUCUACGCCCACCCCCUGCUGCAGGACUUUUACGUGGUGCUGCUCAGUCCCAUGGAGCUGGACACGACGAUGCGGAUGAUAUUACAGGUGCCGAUUUGGGCUCAGCGUGUGAUCUAUAUUCAGGGCUCUUGUCUGAAGGACGGCGACCUGGCCCGGGCUCGCAUGAACGAGGCGGAGGCGUGCUUCAUCCUUGCGGCCAGGAACUAUGCGGACAAAACGGCCGCGGACGAGCACACCAUCCUACGCUCCUGGGCGGUGAAGGACUUUGCGCCGAAUGUGCCGCAGUAUGUGCAGAUUUUUAGGCCGGAGCACAAGCUGCAUGUGAAGUUCGCCGAGCAUGUGGUCUGCGAGGACGAGUUCAAGUAUGCGCUGCUGGCCAAUAACUGCACCUGUCCGGGCGCCAGCACCCUGGUCACCCUCCUGCUGCACACCUCGCGCGGACAGGAGGGGCAGCAGUCUCCGGAGGAGUGGCACCGGCUGUACGGCAAGUGUUCAGGAAACGAGAUCUAUCACAUUGUCCUCGGCGACAGUCGAUUCUUCGGGGAGUAUGAGGGCAAGAGCUUCACCUACGCCAGCUUCCACUCGCAUCGCAAAUAUGGCGUGGCCUUGGUGGGGGUGCGACCGGCCGAGCUGCCUGAGUUCUACGAGGACACAAUACUCCUGAAUCCUGGGCCCAGGCACAUUAUGAAAAAGGAUGACACGUGCUAUUAUAUGAGCAUCACCAAGGAGGAGAACUCGGCGUUCGUCGUUAAUCAAAAUCAAACAUCGGACCCCUCCACAGCCGCCAAGGAUGGGGCACCAUCCUCCGCCUCUUCUCAUCAUCCAACAGCUGCAACUGCCUGCGAUAAUCCGACGGCUGUGAUAAUAUCGGACUCCAGGCAGAACCUCAAGGACACGACGGUGACCCAGACGGCGGCCACCACAACCACAAUAACCACAACGACGCUGCCACCACCGCCCAUGACGAUGGGCGGAUCUUCGGGAAUGCCCGGGGGCUCUGGCGGUGUUGGCCACGGAGUUGGCAGCGGCCACAGUCUGGGCACGUCGCUGAGCAUCACACCAGCCACGUUGUCCACGGGGAACCAUCUGGAUGUGCCCUUCGGCAACAAUCCCAAUCUGCUCAGUCCGGACGUGCUUAACCAGCGGAGGGGAAGCAGACGUCCCUCGAUCCUGCCCGUGCCCGAUAUGUUCACCUCCUCAUCGUUCACCAUUGCCGGCAACGACGAUGGCGAGGAGGGAGACGAGAGCGACGACGAGAUCGACGAUGAGAUGCCCUGGCGCUCGCCCUCUGAGAAGAUAGCCUGCUUGGGCGGGCACUUUCCCCAAUCGCGCACCUAUUCGCUCAUCAUGAGCUCCUCGGAGGAUUCGUAUCAGCGCAGUUGCAGCUUUUGCAAUGCCACCGCCACCGCUACUGCAGCUUCUACUGCUGCUGCUGCUGCUGCUGCUGCUGCUCCUGUCAUGCACCAGCCGCCGCCCCUGGGUAGUCUAGGACUCCCUCUCGAAGAGUACUCCACUACGGAGCUACGCAGGCGCGCCAUGAAGAAGAGUUACAGCUGCGACAGCGAGUGUCGCAAUGACCUGGGCCCCAGACAGGGUCUGGGCCUGGGUGGAGGGACUCUGGCCAUACUGGCGGCUCGAAGGAGGCAGCUGCAACGGUGCUGUUCCUGCAGCUGCUCCACCACCUCCUCCACCACCACGACUACGACAACAGCAGCAUCAUCAGCAGCAGCAGCAGCAGCCGCAGCAAUGGCGGCAGCAGCAUUUACAUCGAGCAGUUCCGUUGAGACGCGUCGCCUGGCGCGUCCGGUGUGGGCCUCCGACUACUCAGGCAUUGUCAAGGGGUUCCCGCCCGUGUCGCCCUUCAUCGGUGUCAGCCCCACGCUCUGUUUCCUGCUCAAAGAGAAGAAGCCUCUCUGUUGUCUGCAGCUGGCUCAGGUAUGCGAGCACUGCAGCUAUAGGAAUGCCAAGGAGUACCAGUGGCAGAACAAGACGAUCAUUCUGGCCGCCGACUAUGCCUCUAGCGGUAUAUACAACUUCAUCAUUCCGCUGAGAGCUCACUUUCGCUCGAAGACCUCACUCAAUCCCAUUAUCCUGCUGCUGGAGCGACGUCCGGACGUGGCCUUCCUGGACGCCCUCUCCUACUUUCCCCUGGUGUACUGGAUGCUGGGAUCGAUCGACUGCCUCGACGAUCUCCUGCGUGCGGGCAUCACGCUGGCCGAGAGCGUGGUCGUCGUCAACAAGGAGCUGUCGAACUCGGCCGAGGAGGAUUCCCUCUCCGACUGCAACACCAUAGUAGCUGUGCAGAACAUGUUCAAAUUCUUUCCCAGCAUCAAGAGCAUCACUGAGCUGUCGCAGAGCUCAAACAUGCGGUUUAUGCAGUUCCGGGCCCACGACAAGUACGCCCUGCACCUGAGCAAAAUGGAAAAGCGCGAAAAGGAGCGUGGAUCGCACAUCUCGUACAUGUUCCGCCUGCCGUUUGCGGCGGGGGCCGUGUUUAGCGCCUCCAUGCUGGACACGCUGCUGUACCAGGCCUUCGUGAAGGACUAUGUGAUUACGUUUGUGCGCCUCCUGCUGGGGAUUGACCAGGCCCCGGGCAGCGGUUUCCUGACCUCGAUGCGCAUCACCAAGGAGGACAUGUGGAUACGCACCUACGGCCGGCUCUACCAGAAGCUGUGCUCGACCACCUGCGAGAUACCGAUUGGCAUCUACCGCACCCAGGACACCUCGAAUGCGGACACGUCACAUGUGAGUAACUCGCCGGUCGAUAGAUGGGGACCCUUCUCGGCCUUCGGCAGGCAUUGUGUGCGCUUGCGUCCAUCGUACGACGAGGAGACUGGCACGCCCGACUCCACCAAGGACUCCACGGAAAUGCUGCGCGGGGUCACCUACCGCCCGCCGUCCUCGGCAACAGGUGGGGGCAGCAGCCCCAGCUUUCGGGCCCCGUCGCAGCCGCAGCAGCGCCAGAGGUCGGUCAACUGUCUGGGCGGUUGCUCGGAGCGUAAGGGAUCAUCUUACUCCAUCAAUCUGGCCGACGAGGCCAAGGACAAUCAUGCACAGCAGAUCGAGCGCGCGGAGAUCGCCAACCUGGUGAGGAGUCGCAUGGAGUCCUUGAACCUGCCCACCAACGACUACGAUGACGUGAGCGAGAAGCGGAACCACUUGUCCUAUGUGAUAAUCAACCCGAGCUGUGAUCUCAAGCUGGAGGAGGGCGAUCUCAUCUACUUGGUGCGGCCGUCGCCGUUCUCGGCCCAAAAGACCUUCGAGCGCCACAAUUCGCGUCGCAAGUCGAACAUCUCGUUCUGCUCGAACAUCAACCUGGGCGCCACUUGUGGGCCCCAGAUGCAAAACAUGUCCAACACCGCCGUCGGGGCUGGGUCGCGUCGCGGCUCCGGCAUCGCCGGUUUGAACCCAAUGCAAAUGCAGAGCGUUCAGACUUUGGCCGGGUAUGGAUCAUCCUCGCAGCGCUGUACCCCACCGAUGCAGCAAAUUAAAUCGAAUUCUCUUUCUCUACCCGACAGUCCGACGGUGGUUGGCAAUCAGCGUGGACGGAGUAACUCAUUGCGGAUCGACAACGACAUACUGCUGCGUCGAUCCUCCUCUCUGAGGCAAGGCCUUCCCAGCGUGGGCGUCAGUCAUGGCCGGCGAAAGUCCUCGCUGGAGGAGAUCGGCAUCAGCCAUUUCACGACCCUGAUGCAGGCCACGAAUCACAGCAACCCCAUCAAGAUCUCGCUCAAUGGCAGCAUAGGCAUGGAGAAUCAGAUUUCUCUCCAGGUCACCCCGCCAGAGGAGCCCACACCCAUGCUGGGCGUGCCCUGCAUGAUGGGCGGCGGUGGCGGCGGCGGCAUAAACCCAUCCGGGACUGGAUCCUCAACUAGUGGCAUGCUAGGGGCUGGCUCUUCGCUGGCGAUCAACACGGCUGACCUGGGGCCAGGACCCAGCACCUCAUCGGGGGCCUGUAGCUCCCUGCAGCCCCAGGACUCGCUUGGCCCCCAGUCGUCGCAGGUGUCGUCGCCGCAGCAUCUGCAGGGAACGAUUGUAUGAUACAACCUGAUGUGGGGGCGCCGUCUCCGCUCCUCCAUGUCAAAGAACAAAUGGAUAUAGAACACGGCCGGCACACACAGACACACGCGUAGAGAUAAGUUCUGAGAGUAAAAGUAUUAGGAGAGACCAACCAACCCACCCCCAACGUCUGUGGUGUGCGUCCCAGUCCCUCUCCCUUUUAAGACGAGCCCUGCAUAGGGAAGGGUUUAGCUACGGAUAUAGUGCGAUAGAUUACCAUAGAGUAGAAAUGUCUAUAAGGAACAUGCAUAUAGUAUAGGAAUAAUUACGAGUAUAUGCUUUAUAAACAACAAACAACACGCAACAAAAGUUGAGGCAAAUUGUGUUUUGGGAACAAGAUAUGUAGUUAAACUAUUGGAUAGAUUGGAUGAUGAUUUAGCUAACUGUACAUAUAUAUCUGAGCCUAGUUCUAAGUACCCGAUUCGUUUCUAGCAUAUCCGAGGAGCAUAGCAAACUAUCAAAUUCUCAAGCCCCUGUAUCUGUGUGUACCCUAGGUAUAUCCCACAUAUACAUAUGCAAGUCCUAUUCGGAUUUUGGUCGGCUUAACUUCCUCCCACAUACAUAUAAUAUACCACAUAUAGAUACUUGUCUGAAGGUGCUAUCAAUGUCAUGUACUAUACACAUACACACGAAAAACAUCCCAAGUUUUGUAAAACUCUUUGAAUUGUUUUACACAAUUGUAAAAACAAAGGCAAAUGAAAGAAAAACAAACUAAACAGGAAACGGUUUUCAUAACAUAGUUUGGAACGGGCUUUGGUAUACUCUAAUGCUUUACGAAACCAACCAAAAAACUUAUAUAUACAUAUAGAAGCAAGGAAUUUGUAUAUAUACACUGUAUAUUAGAACCAACCAACAUUCAAGGAAGCAUUAAAAGAGCAAAUCUAAAACAACUAUUAGAACUUAAGAAUACCAUACGGAAUACGGAAUACGGAAAACGCAAAACAACAGAAGCUAGGAUCUAGAGCUUAGAGUUAUUCUAUAGUUAAGAGUAGUAUCCACCUAAAUACCAUACAUACAUACCAUACCAUACCUAUAACGCCGACACAUCGAGAGUGUCGGCCACUGUACCAAAUUCAAUGAGCUAUACACACACACCCCCGUAGCAUAGUGUUAGGAAACGCAACCCCAACUCAAUUGAAUAUUUCGAAGAAACGUCCCAAUUAUAGAGCCUCUAUAGGUAGUAGCUAGAGCAAACACACAUCCCUACACACACUUGAAAAUGUUAGUUAAAGCACAAAAAGCAGUUUUUUAAGGAAAUUUUACUCAACAUUGCCGAUGACGGUGAGGGUGAGGAAGAUGAAAUGCAUUCCAGUGUCUCAAAAGAAAGCCUAGUUAAGCAUAUGCCUGUCACAACAGAUACUUAUUUACAUAGAUCUGUACAAACCAGCAUUCAUAUACCCACUGUAUGUACUUAGGUGAGAAUGUAUUUGUGUAAGAACUAGCACUUAGAUCGAACCGAUGUCUCAAUGUACAAAAGAUAGAUAACUAAUCCGCAUCUGGCAUCUGGCAUCUGGCACCUGGCAUUGGCAUCAUUAGAGUUUUAGUGUGGACUAGAAUAUAAACUUGCUGUAAUAUUUAUCGAUGCUCUUUAAGGCAUGCCGAACAGAACUCACAAUAAACUCAAAAUAUAUAGUUGGAAAUAUUGUAUUGCGAACGAA